AUGGCUAAGGUAGUGCUCGUGGUACAGUUGGCCGCACAUGCUAAAAGUAACACGUUUUACGGCGGCUCCUGCCUAGAUCUUUUGCUAUCUCGAAUAAUCUGGCUGAUGAGCACAUCAAUAAGAAAUAACUCCACCAACCAUGUGGCUACAAGAAAUAGAUUGAAUGCUGUAAUAGAGAGGCUGAAGAAACUUCAAGCGGAACAGGAGUCAUCGAAGGAGGAAAUGACGCGACAUUUGGAAAGGAGGACUUUUCAGGCCAUCGACACCUUAAUCGACCACUUACAGACUCGCCAAGUGGUAGAGAUGUUUUGCAAGUGGAACUCUGACGAACUUCCAGCUGUUGAGAAGUCAUGGGAAGUUACUGAGGCUGCCCUUGUUAAGCUUCUUCAAGGAAGACUACAGAUAUUGAUUGAAGAAUGGGAGGAAGAGCAGCAAAGCUUUGCAGAGGCACGCAAGUCAGUGAUAAAAGAAUUCCUCGAAAAAUACAAUUAUCUGGAGAAAGAGCUUCGCAACGUGGAAGUCAAUGUUUCACAAAUGCAAGUGGAUGUUGAAGAAAAAACGGCAAGCGAAAGUGCAGAGGAUCAAGAUUUCAGCAGCAUUCACGACUCUUCGCUUUCACUUGAAGAAAAAAUUGUUUAUGGAAUGAUGUUUCCUUUCAUGUUUCCAGUUGCUCUUGUUGGAGCUGCAUUGGCUGUUCCAGUAGCACUGCUUGUUUUUCUUCCAUUUGUGGGGGUUCAAUCUAUUUCCAACACCAUCAAAGAAGAAAAAAAGAGGCGGGCAUACAAGAAAGAUCGCGCUGAGUACGUACGAAUCAUGUCACAAAAGUUUCUAGAGGAAGCUGCAACCUAUGAGGUGUUAGAGCCAUUGGUCGAAGGGCAAUUGGAACUAGCUGUAAACACCCUGAAUGACCUGCAAGCCCGAAUCCCCAUGCUUGUUGAAGCCGAUGUAAAACUUUGUCAGCAACUUAUAGAGGAGGCACAAAGCAAGAAGGAUACUGAAGCUCGCUACAAGCCCUGUAGAGACAAAUGCAAGCGUUUGCGCGGUGAGCUCGCGCUGUUUGGUUCUCUGGAAAUUCGGAGCAUUCGGCUCGCCUGGAAUGACCUCUCUUGGGAUGUCAGCGAGGAUGUCUUCUUGAAGCGACCAAUGGAACCUGGGCUCUACCAAGGGCGCAUUUCCAAGGGAAGGUACUCAUCAAGUGGCCAAGUAACCUGUAAAGUGUACAGGGAACCGCUGAACAGCUGCAAUAUUACUGAGUGCUUGGCAGACGAAGCAAUUUUGAGGAGGCUUUGCCAUCCUCACAUUGCCACAUUUUACGGGGCUGUUUUCAGAAAGGUUCCAGGAGGUUUAGAAGCAGCCUUUGUAACUGAGUUUCCAGGAGUUGAUUUAAAGAAAUAUCUAAUCGAUCAGCCCGGAAAUUGUCCUGCGAAGAAUCCUAUGGCUACGAUGCGUGUGAUUCGCUGGGCAGCCCAAGUCGUCGAAGCACUUCUGUCGAUUAACAGCAUGUUUGACGGAUGUGUUCACGGGGACCUUCGAUUAAAAAACGUUUUGCUUGACAGUUCCAAUCUCUGUGAUGUUAAGCUGAGCAACAUCUCUCUCAGGAGGCAGCUGACAUUCGAGCAUGGAUCAAACUGUGAUCCAUUUCUUCAUCUUCCGCCAGAAGCUGUGCGAAAUAGGAACUACAAUGCCUCUUCAGAGAUUUACUCCCUCGGGAUCUUGUUCUGGGAAAUGUGGUACGGCAAAGAUGCCUUUGACGAUCUCAAAGGUCAAAAGAUGGAGGUUUUUUUAUCAAGCGUAGAAGGAGGCCAUCGUCCCGAUCUAACAGGUAUCACAACUCAAACAUCAGUUAUGUGGAUUGGCCUCAUUUCGGGCUGCUGGAAAAAGACGGCCUCAGAACGAAGUAGCCUCGCAGAUUGUAAGUCAACUAUCGGGGAAAUUUUAGCUAGUCAAAAAUAG